AUUGGACCCUCCCAGCUGGCAGAGUGGAGAGUGGAACGCCUGCUCUGUGACCUGUGGCGGAGGAUCUCAGGUGCGCAGCGUGCAGUGCGUUUCCCAUGAUGCAGCGGGGCCCCGUGUGGUGGAGGACGCUGUGUGUGCCGCGUACGUCGAGGCCCCCCCCGCCCUGCAGACCUGCAACAUGCAGAAGUGUGCCGAGUUCAGAGCGAGCCGCUGGAGCGCGUGCUCAGUGAGCUGUGGUUCAGGGGAACAGACCCGGGAUGUGAGCUGUGUUGGAUCAGGAGGGAUGAGACUGGAGGAGACCGCCUGCAGCGCUCUGAGUCGCCCCGCCGCCGCCCGGACCUGCACCCAGCCGCUCUGCAUCAGCACCCGUCCAAUCAGCACCCGUCCAAUCAGCUGGCACCUCGGAGACUGGGGACUGUGCUCCAGGAGCUGUGGAUCCGGCUCUCGGGAGCGUCAGGUGAUCUGCUCGGACCGCGAGAGGAACCUGUACCCUGUGAGCGAAUGCAACGCUCACCAGAAACCCUCCACCGUGGAGCGCUGCAACACCCAGUCCUGCUACAGCCCACAGGUGGUUCCCAGCGUCCAGGACUCACGAGGACACGACAACACUCAGACUGUUUUCCAGCCCCACUCACCGGACCAGUCCACAG